CCGACAUCAACUUGAAGCUUUUCAGACGUCGUCAAACCACCAGCCAGCAGAGAGCCGUCUUCUCCCCCUUCCCCCCUCCCAUCUACCACCACCACCUUUCCACUUGCUGUCGAGCCUUCGCCGGCCUCCUACGCUCCUCUCCUCCUGAUUGUCUUCCCACACAUGCGAUGAUGCUGUCGCGGUCCACCAUCAGUCGAAAUGCGCCUCGUGCGCUCCAGAGUGCUAGCCGUCGCGGCAUGGCCUCUGCCGCUCCUCAAGGCCUCCAGUACGAUGUUUCCGAGUCUGCUGGCGUGAAGAUUGCCAAUAGAGAGCCUGCCGGUGUCACUGGUACCCUCGCUUUGGUUGCGAAGGCUGGUUCCCGCUACGAGCCUUUCCCUGGUUUCUCCGAUGCCCUUGAGCUCUUUGCUUUCCAGUCUACACUCAAACGUUCGGCGCUGCGGAUCACUCGGGAGGUUGAGCUGCUGGGUGGUGAAUUCUCCUCGACACAUUCCCGCGAGAAUAUUGUUCUCAAGACCAAAUUCCUUGCAAAUGACCUUCCAUACUUUGUGGAGUUGUUGGCCGAAGUUGCUUCCCAGACUAAGUUUCCUAGCUACGAGCUCGAUGAGGUCGUCUCCAAGCUCCUCAAACUUAGACAGGUCGCUAUCGCCAAUGACCCUGAGGCCAUCGCUGUCGAUGCUGCUCACGGUGUUGCCUUCCACCAGGGCCUCGGUAACAGCAUCUCACCCUCCGCUCAUGUCCCCUACGAAAAGAAUCUCUCCGCCGAGGCUAUUGCUGAGUUUGCGAAGAAUGCCUACGCCAAGUCCAACGUUGCCCUCGUCGGUAGCGGUAUCAGUUCUUCGGAGCUCUCAAAGUGGGUUGGUGACUUUUUCAAGGAUCUGUCCAGUGCCGGCAACUUGAAAUCUGGCUCCGCUUCCACCUACUACGGUGGUGAGCAGCGUAUCUCCACCAAGGCUGGCAACUCCGUUGUGAUUGCUUUCCCCGGCAGUGGCGCCUUCGGCACCGCUGCCUAUAAGCCUGCUGCUUCCGUUCUCGCUGCCCUUCUCGGCGGUGAGUCCUCCAUCAAGUGGACGCCCGGCUUCUCUCUCCUCAGCCAGGCUACCCAGGGCUUCUCGCAGCUCCGCGUCUCAACCAAGAACUACUCCUACUCUGAUGCUGGUCUCAUCGCCGUCUCUCUCAACGGUAAGGCCGACCAAGUCGCCUCCGCCGGCAAGAGCGUCGUCGAUGUUCUGAAGAAGGCCGCCGCUGGUGAAAUCCCCGCCGACGAGAUCAAGAAGGCCUCCGCCCUUGCCAAAUUCCGCGCUCUCGAGUCUGCUCAGACCCUUGAGACCGGUCUCGAGCUUACUGGUUCCGGACUUAUCAAUGGCAGCAAGCCCUACCAGAUCGCUGAGGUCGCCCAGAGUGUUGACAGCGUCACUGAGGCGCAGGUCAAGGAUGCCGCCAAGUCCUUCCUCUCUGGCAAGGCUUCCGUCGCCUCCGUCGGUGACCUUUCCCAGCUCCCCUACGCCUCCGAUCUGGGCCUGACUGUUUAAACACCUCCGCACACCGACCCACAAUUAACUCAAAACCAAUGUACACAAUACAUGCUAGACUCUCCCGGGACAAAAGAACCAAAACCUGAGCGCCGAAUCUUUCAUGUGUCUAGAUAAAUCUCCGCAGAUAUCUUUUUCCCUUGUUUUCCUCUUAUCCAUUGUCGAUUUCUUUUUGUGAUAGUUGUUGUGGCUGUAGCUGUGUGACUGUAAUACAAUCGAAUCUGUAUUCUUAUGUUAUAUUCGCUACGCAUCAAUUCUAUAGAGCUUCUAUAGAGCUACCUAUCAACUGUCGCCAGUGAUAAGUCGACACGAGAGUGGAAUUUAGACUUAGGUUUUAUAACUUCCGGCCAGCAGAGCCUG